AUGGCUGAAAGAGUCACUAUAAUGGCACUUAUCAACAUAGGAAUUGCAAGUUGUAGUGCAACAAUAGCAAACAGCUUGAUGGAACUGUGGCACAUACUCAAUCAUAAGGCUAAAAUGGAAGGAGGAAACGUUAGAAAACCAGCUUCUGAUGAAAGUAUGAUUGAAUACAUUUCACAAUUGGAGAAUGACUUGAUCAAUAGAUCAGAUGUAACACCUCUAAAUUUCACGCCUGAUAUGAGGAUUCAAAACAGUUCAUUCUUUAAAAAGAAUUUACGUACUUUAGACGUAACACCUCUAAAUUUCACGCCUGAUAUUAGUGGUGGAGGAGCUGCCGGAAAAGCAGUUGAUUCUGCAAUCCACAAAAUAAUAUGUUCGGCAAUUGCAACACAAUAA